AUGCCUUCACAACUUCCAUCACAAUCGCAGCGAGGAAUUCGAGAGUUUAGAACAUCAUCACAAAGAAAUUUUAUGGAAACUGAUGAAGAUGGUGUACAACCAGUACCCAGAGCAUCCUCUUCUUCUCCCGAAGAACCAAUGGAUGAAAAAGAUAUUUUACGAAUUUUGAUUACAACAGAUAACCAUGUCGGAUUUAAUGAACGAGAUCCUGUUCGGAAGGAAGAUUCAUUUAUCAUUUUCGAAGAAAUUAUGCAAUACGCUCAUAGAUAUAAUGUAGAUUUUGUAUUACAAGGAGGAGAUUUAUUCCAUGAUAACAAGCCUUCACGUGAUACUCUCCACAAAACGAUUGCCAUUUUGAGAAAAUAUGUUUUCGGCGAUAAACCUGUUCCAUUGCAAAUUCUUAGCGAUCAAUCUGUAAAUUUUAAGUCAAAUCCUGGUGGCACUGUAAACUAUGAAGACCCAAACGUGAAUAUUGCUCUUCCUAUUUUUUCAAUUAGUGGAAAUCAUGAUGCAUGGUCUGGGGAAAAUAGUCUUAGCGUAUUAGACGUACUUUCUCAAUGUAAUCUAAUUAACUACUUUGGAAAAUGUGAGACGGUCGAUCAAAUUCAAGUUAAGCCCAUUCUCAUGCAGAAAGGAGAAACCAAGCUUGCAUUAUAUGGACUAGGGUAUAUAAGAGAUGAACGUUUAUAUCAAACUUUCAAAAAUCAAAAAGUGACAUUCUUUAGACCUGCAGGAGAAGAUAGCCAGAAUGCAAGUGAAUGGUUUAACUUGUUUGCUAUACACCAAAACAGAAAUCAACAUCACAAUAAGAAGGGAAAUAUUAGUGAGAGCAUGUUGAAAGGAUUUUUUGAUCUAGUCGUGUGGGGCCAUGAACACGAACAACAAAUUGUUCCAACACGAAGCGUUUCAGGAGGCUUUGAGGUGAUGCAACCUGGCAGUUCCAUAACAACCACAUACACUCCACAAGAGGCUAAACCAAAGAAGGUAGCUGUUUUAGAAAUAUACAAGGACACAUUCAGGGUCAUUCCUAUUACUCUAAAAACUGUAAGACCAUUUGUAUUUGAUACAAUUUCUCUUGCAGACUAUGAGGACGAUUUGAAACAUAUCAAGAAUAACCCUGAAGAAAUUGCAGAUUUUUUAAAGGAGCAUGUGAAUCAAUUAAUCAGCCAAGCCAGAGAAGAAAAAUUGAGUAGCUUUGAAAACGAUGAGGAAGCAAAGAAGGAGUUGAAAAAUUAUUACAAGAAAUAUCCUGGGUUGGACCUUCCUAUUGUUAGAUUAAGAGUUGAUUACAGCGGUGGUUAUGCAUCCAUUAAUCCUCAAAGAUUUGGACAAAAUUUUGUUGGAAAAGUUGCAAAUCCAUCUGAUUUGUUAUUGUUAUCCCGUAAAAAAUCAGAGAAAGUAGAUACUGCAGUUGUUGAUGACGAUGACGACAAAGAAAAGGUCUCUGACAAGAGGAAGCGAAGCAAAGAACAAUUAUUAACUGCUCUAAUCAAAAAUGAUAACAACGAAGAGUUUGCAGAUGCAGCUACUGAUGCUUUGACUGAUGGCAUCAAAAUUGAGGAUUUAGUUUCUCACUAUCUCAAAGAGACAAGCACAAAGAAAUCAGGAAUUGCCGGUCUUCUAGUUCUUAACGAGUUUGAGUUUCAGAAUUCUGUGGUUGACUUUGUUGAAAAAGAAGAGCUUCACGCAAUUGAUGACUUUGUCAGUGCUGAUAUUAAGACAAAGCAAAAAAGAUUGUGGUCGGAUCUUAAACAAGCACUAAAACAAUCAGACAAGGACUCUCUCACAGAAGAGGAGCUAGAAGCUUAUUUGCAAAAGUACAGAGAAGAGGCAAGGGCUAAUUUUGAAUUGAACAGAUAUAAGAUCAUGGGUGACCGGCUUUUAAAGAAAGCUUCAAGCUCAACAGACGGUGAUCAUGACGAAGAGGAAGAAGAGCAAGAAGAGGAGGAAGAAAAACCAAAAAAAAAGAAAUCUACUCGCAAGAAGAAAGCUGACAGUGAGGAGGAAGAAGAAAAACCAAAAAAGAGAACUAGCUCCAGAAGCAAAAAGAAAGUGGAUGAGGAUGAUGAAGAAGAAGAUAAACCCAAAAAGAAAGCACCAAAACGAAAAAAGAAAGACAGUGACGAAGAGGAGGAAGAAGUACCAAAGAAAAAAACGACAAGAGGCUCCAAAUCAACAAAAGCGAAACCAAAGUUUAAAGCCAUUGACGACGAUGAUGAAGUAGUGGAAGAGGAACCACCUAAAAAGAAAACUACACGAGGAAGGCCAAAAAAGAAAGUUGAAGAAGAGGAAGAAAAGCCUAAGAGAAGAACAGCUGCAAAGAAAAAGGUUGUUGAUGACGAAGAUGCCAUUGUUAUUGAUGAUGAUGACGAAUAA